CGACAGUGCGUGCGGAUUCGCCUGUGUGCACGUGUUGGUGCCCCACGUCGUGAAAACGCGCGCCCGCGGCUCGCGGUCCCGGCGUAUAUAAGGUCCCGCUGCACUCGAAAUGGAAUCAGUCUUCGAUAUGUUGCGCCCAUUGCAUUUCGUAUUCCUCCUCGCGGCGUUCGCCUUCGUCGUCGCCGUAGAGAACGGCGAAGCUCCGGCAAAUGUGCAGAACGAGAUCGAACCGCAACCGGAUGCAAAUGCCAACAACGAUCUAGAAGCGGACGCCACGUACUGGGGAUAUUACGGACGACCAUAUAGAUACUAUGGUGGCUGGGGAGGAUAUGGCAGAGGAUACAGCGGUUGGGGAGGACUCAGCGGUUGGGGAGGAUUGGGCGGCUGGAGAGGAGGAUAUUGGGGCGGACGAGGAUAUGGUGGCUGGGGUGGACGAGGCUAUGGUGGUGGUUGGGGCUGGGGAUAUUGGGGUUGAUGUGAACUUCGUGUACCACCCGCGUGAUACUUUAUCGCUAUCAACAUAGCCUUCGGGCUCUUCGUAUGAAUUCUUUUUUCUAAGAUACGCGAAGCUUUUUGACAGCUUCAUUAGCUUUGUAAGUCUUCAUUGAAAUCUCCAUUGUACAAGAAUAAAGAAGAUAUGUGAAAGAAA